UCGACCAAGGGGGCGAGGCGAGCAUGAAGCAACGCACAGAUGCUACGCGGCCCUUUUUAACCUCGCUGCGCUAUUCUGUUCUCAACACUGCAAAAUAAUCAAUGAAAAUUAUGGGGAGGGCCACGAUUCUGAUAGUUAUAGCGACGGCAAUGGUGUUGACCACAUUCUCAGGGGGGGCGAAGGGGACGGUGUUUCGGGUGGAGAACAAUUGCGAUGAGACGGUGUGGCCGGGUAUUCUGCCGGGCAAUACAAGCUCGGAGGAUGGGGAACAAGGGGGGUUCACGCUCAAGAGAGGGGAAUGGAAAGAGUUGCACCCUCCACCCAAUUGGUCGGGGCGACUGUGGGGGCGAACGGGCUGCAAAUUCGACAGCGGCGGGCAGGGGUCCUGCGAGACGGGCGACUGCGGCAACGUGCUGCAAUGCAAUGGCGCUGGAGGAAACCCGCCGGUCACCCUGGUGGAAUUGACGCUGAGGGAUGUCAGAGACUUCUAUGACGUGAGCAUGGUGGAUGGCUACAACCUCCCCGUGUCGGUUGUGGCGGUGCAUGGCACGGGCAAUUGUACAGCAGCUGGGGCGUGUAAUGGGGAUCUUCGGGAGAGCUGCCCGUCGGAGUUGGCUGUGGAGGCGGGGGGCAAAGUUGUGGCGUGCCAAAGCGCUUGCGAGAAGUUCAACUCGUCGGAGUACUGCUGCACUGGAGCCCACGCCAAUCCUAACACUUGCCAGCCCACCCAGUAUUCUAGAAUCUUCAAGAAGGUCUGCCCCACCGCCUACAGUUAUGCGUAUGAUGAUGCCUCUAGUAUCUUCACCUGCACUGGACCUGAUUACACCAUUACCUUUUGCCCUACCAACAAAUCUGGGAAAAGACACGGUAGUGCCAAUGAAACCAGUGGAACCAAUGGAGAGACAAUUGUUACCCAAAAUACUCGUGUUUCUUUUAUAUGUAUAUUCUUUUUAUUUUUUAUUGAUUUUUUGUAUUAGAUUGAACUUAUAUAUUUGUACAUUCAAUUAGCUUUUGGAUGGACAUUGCACCAAAGUCAAGGCCUCUCUAAUUGUAUCUUAACAUUCUAAUAAAAUCAUUAAAAUUUAUAUUUUAUUAAUA